UCAAUGCUGUGGCACAGAGAUCUCAGCUCGAACCUGAACACAAUUUUUGCUCAAGGACUACGUGGUGCUGAGCGGGGAUUUCUUUAGAUAUUCUGAUCACGAGGACCACUACUGGAGUGGGUAUUUCACCUCACACCCCUUCUACAAAAGUCUAGACAGGAUCACGGAGUACCAUGUGAGAGCUGGAGAAAUUGCCUUCGCCUUAGCCAUGGCAUAUGUUUGUCAAUUUGGUGUGAACAGUUUCCCGUCAGAACCUAUGAUGAAGAACUUGGUGUCUGCUCGCAGAAGUUUGGGGCUGUACCAACAUCAUGAUGGAAUUACUGGCACUGCCAUGGACUUUGUGGUGGUGGACUAUGGGAAAAAGUUGUUGAAAGCCAUCAUGGAUUUAAAGAGGAUGAUUGUGGAGUGUGCCUAUUUACUCAUGGUGUCCGACAGGAAAAGCUACUCCUAUCAGGAAUUAACGUCUGUAUUUAACAUUGAUGAAUACAGAAUGUUCCAUGAUUCAAUGCCAGAGAAGACAGUUCUGCGAUUGAGUAACCAACCUCAGUAA